AUGAAGUUUUCCCAGACCCUUCCCUUCGCCCUCGCGCUUCUUCAACCCACUACAGCCCUUGUCGGACACUCCUGGUCUGUGUCAGACGUGACCGACGACGGACUACGGGAAAUCACCUUCCCCAUCAAUAUCGCCAACGCACCUCACGAGGAGGGCUUCUACUUUGCCCAGCAAUUUACCUUCGCCGGACAGUCCGAUGUAGGCUACACAGGCCUGCAGCCCCAAGUCGACUCCUCGGCCGGCUCCGUAGUUCACGCCGCCUUCUCCAGCUUCGUUCCUGGAAGCACCACCACCGACGAGAACUGCAGCGACGGCGCCGAUGGUGGUGCCGGCGUGAGCUGCUACGUCAAUAUCAACGGUACCUACGCCAACACCUAUCACCUGAAUGUCAAGAACUCCGAGGGAACUACCUGGGUUGGUACACUCAUUGAUGCUGUCACCGGCCAAGAGACCCAUAUCGGCUCUUAUACCCUUCCUGAUACCACUCGGGGUAUUGAGGGGAGCCAGUUGGGCUUUGUCGAGUAUUUCCUUGGCACCAAGGAGUGCGGCGACUUGCCCAAGACCGCCGUCACAUUUGGCAACCCCAUUGUCGAGGGUCAUACUGGAAGUAUUGAUGUUCCUUAUGAGUAUGGAGACUGCGUUGGGAAGUCUGCCUUUGAGACCCACUCUGUUGAAAGUGGACAAGAGAUCUCUGUUGGAUUUUGA